GACUACUGGGAUACGACGAUGGUGGCUGAAUAUAGUGAAGAUAUUUUUAAGUAUAUGGAAGAGCUUGAGGAGUCUACCCUCCCCAACCCACGAUACAUGGAUUCGCAGACUGAGAUUGAAUGGGACAUGCGGACAACUUUGAUUGAUUGGCUACUUCAAGUUCACAUGCGUUAUCACAUGAUGCCCGAGACCCUUUGGAUUGCUGUCAAUAUCAUUGAUCGAUUCUUAUCAAAACGAGUUGUCAGCUUGGUUAAAUUCCAGUUGGUCGGUGUUACCGCCAUGUUUGUGGCUGCCAAGUACGAGGAGAUCAUGGCACCGAGUGUGGAAGAGUUUGUAUACAUGACUGAGAAUGGUUAUACUCGAGAAGAGAUUCUCAAAGGAGAAAAGAUUCUUUUGACUACGCUCGAUUUCAAGAUUUCGCCUUACUGUUCGCCUUAUUCAUGGUUACGUCGGAUCAGUAAAGCUGAUGAUUACGAUAUCCAAACCCGGACAUUAUCCAAAUUCUUGAUGGAAUUGACAUUGCUCGAUCAUCGCUUUCUUCGGGCAAAAUCCAGUAUGAUCGCAGCCAUUGGAAUGUACACCGCCCGCAAGAUGCUUGGAGGUAACUGGAGUGAUGCUUUCAUCUUCUACUCCGGCUACACCGAGGCUCAGUUGAUUACGCCAAUGUCAUUCUUGCUAGAGUUCUUGUCAACGGAUGGAUUUGAAGAGCGAUUUGUUUACAAGAAAUAUGCCAACCGCAGGUUUUUGAAAGCUAGUAUUUUCGCCCGGAGUCAAGCCCUGAAGAAGGCGCGAGAAGAAUCAUCCAGUGUAGAGGCUUGAAGGCGAGACGAAGUGUUUUAGUUGUAUUGUAAAUCACCCUUCUGUAUUCUCAAGAUACGAACCGAUCUUCAUUUUGCUUCAACUUCGUCUUCUCAGCUCAUCUAUCUGGAUGAUUAUGCUUGUGAUUGUGGCUUUCAGGUCUCAGUUCUCAAUCCCUCGACUCUACGUGGUUCGCGAACAUGAUGGACUCUCAUACCGACUUUCUCGAUUGUUGGUGGUGAUCUCAGAUGUUUUGCGAAAAUCAACUCUAUGCUACCUGUUUGGUCUUAACUUUUUCCAUGUUACAACCUCAUUGCUUCAAUUCAUUCCUUCUGCUCUCGUUGUGCGCUGCCAUGUCAUCUUCAGCUUUUUCUUAUGUUGUUAUCAUCUCUCAUCAUACUUCCUUUUCCACUUAAUGUUUCUUGCGCUUUACAUCAUGCACCAUCAAUUUCUGCCCAUCCGGCUUUUCUAGACUUGAUAAAGUGGGGGGAGAUCACUGAUCCUGUGUGGGAUUCGAUGGUGUGGCUAUUUAAUAGGAGAAGGGUGAAAUUUUGUUCUUCUAACGAUUUACUUCUGGUUGGUUUGAAUAAUUCACUCUUCUCUUUCGGUCGUGCGCAAGUCAAAUUUUCGAACGAUCGGACUUGGUCACCCUUUUGCUGAUUUCAUGCACUCCCUCUACCACAUCAAGCCUUUCACUUUCCUUUAUCUUGCAUACCUUAUCACUCUCUUCAAAUUUUUUCCCUCUUAUUUAUUUCUUCCACAUAAUUAUCCUCGUCGCUUCUUUUUUUAUGCCUACCAACUCUCCAAUCUGCCACUCCACCAGAAAAAAAGUCUGUAGCCCUCCCCCUACCAACUUUCUGUCCGUCACUCACAGAUUUUAUUCAAAGAGUUCCUUCUUAGUUUGCUCUCUUGUUUUUCUACAUGUGAUGUGCUUAAAUCUGUUCUCUCCUUAGGGUAACUAAUCCAAUCCGCCCCUCCAAAAAAACUCCUUUGUUUUUUCUCAUUUCCUUUCCUCUCUGUACUUGUCUGAUAUCAUUUUCUUUCGUGUGAUGUUACAUCCAUACAAAGAGAAUAUAUACUUUCUGGUGUUCUGUUUCUGUUUAAUACUUUUGUUUCAUCUGUUUUUUUGUUGAUAAGAUCUGUUAAAUUUUUGAAAAAAGGAAGACUCUUUCUUAUUUCUUUUAAACUUUUUUUUCCUUCUUUUUUUUGAUUUCUCAUUCACUUGAAAGAGAAGAAGAGCAAGAACGUGACAAAAGACAAGAAAAAAGUUGACAAAAAAAACGAGGUUUCUGAAUAAUGGGUCCAUGUUCUUUUUUUUCUUUUUGAUGUUUUGUAUAGAUGUUCAUUUGAUUUAUUUUGUGGAGGGUUUUUCUUUUUUCUUUAUUAAAUAUCAUUAUCCCUUUUAUCUGUUGUUUCUCUUCUUUACUUUUCGUUUGUGAAUGUUUUCAUUCUUUUCUUUGGAAAUAUUAUAUAUACUAGAGAAUAUGCCGGC